AACCAAAUGGACGAUAGAAUUUAUCAGAGAGAUUUAAGCCUCACAAUGGGUUCUCUAAGGAGUGCCCACAAAUCCCUUGAGCGAACUGUUCUCUCAAAAGAGUGCAAGACUAACCAAAAGGUUGUAGCCUCUACAGCCAUCAAACACAAGUUCACAGGAAUGCUCCACCAAAUGGGUAAGGUUGCCUGAAGCUUCCUAAGCACAAAUAAACAAGAUUCUGGGUUUGCUAAUGAAAUCGAUAAUAUCCAGAGAGACAUUGUUAAAGUUGACUACUUUCAAAUGUUCUUAGAAGACUAUGAGCCUGGAACUCGCUUGGAUUCCAUUCAGAAGUUAUGAGAAAAAUCAUUUCCAAGGAAGCUGAAUUCCUGGACAAUUAUUCGAGUCAGAAAGCCUAAAAGCCUGCAAGUCAAACUUGAUCACACAAUUCUAUACAAAAAUAUAAGCUGCGUAGCGAAGAAGUUCGAGCUUAAACACUGGGUUCUCAGUGAACGAGAUUUCGAAAAAUUCUUCAUGGCUUGCAGACAUUUGGAAUCACUCGUAUUUACUGAAUGAGAAAUUCCUGCUCAAAAGUUUAGCAAAAAUUUUAUACACCACAAGUAUGCCAGUACCAUCAAACUGAAAGCUCUCAGAUUCAAUUCAUGUAACCUGAGAGUAAAAGAAGUGGCAAGUAGUGAUCAUUCAACAAUGAAGACCAUUGUGGGUGGAGUAAUAAGCUCCACGUUUUGGGGCUAUGUGAAGACUAUUACUUGCACUACAUCUCGUCAGUAUCAACUUCAUAGGAUGAAGUUCACAGAGAGUGUCUUUAAGACUCCAAAGUUAAAUAUCAAGAAAACUAACAAAUGAAUCGUAUUCAGUUGUAGACAAUAAUUUAUAUAAACCUCAAAUAUUCUAUUAA